AAUAUUUCAUCACACAUCCAAACAAGAAAAAACCAGAGCUUCCUUCGAACGCUACACAGAUAUACUGAAAGAAAAAUCUGAAAGCAGAGAAAAAAAAUGGCAGAAGAAGUGAGCAACAAGCAGAUAAUACUGAAGGAAUACGUAAAGGGUUCUCCGAAAGAAUCGGAUAUGAUUCUGAAAACCUCAUCCAUUAAACUGAAGGUGCCGGAAGAUAAUAGCAACGACGCCGUUUUGGUGAAGAAUCUCUACUUGUCCUGCGACCCUUACAUGCGAAACCGUAUGAGCAAAUCCGAAGGCAGCUAUGUUGACUCGUUCACACCUGGCUCGGCUAUAACUGGAUAUGGAGUGGGCAGAGUUGUGGAUUCUUCAAACCCUAAUUUCAAGAAUGGUGAUUUGAUUUGGGGCAUAACUGGGUGGGAAGAAUAUACCCUUCUUAAAUCCACACAGGGUCUUUUCAAGAUUCACUAUACAGAUGAUGUACCUCUCUCCUAUUACACUGGACUUCUUGGUAUGGCUGGCACUACUGCCUACAGUGGUUUUUACGAGGUUUGCUCUCCGAAGAAAGGAGAAACUGUGUUUAUAUCUGCUGCAUCUGGAGCUGUUGGUCAACUUGUCGGUCAAUUUGCAAAGCUCUUGGGGUGUUACGUUGUUGGAAGUGCCGGAAGCAAAGAAAAGGUGGAUCUCUUGAAGAACAAAUUCGGGUUCGACGACGCGUUUAACUACAAAGAAGAGCCCGAUUUGGAUGCAGCUUUGAAAAGGUACUUUCCUGAUGGGAUCGACAUAUACUUUGAAAACGUGGGAGGGAAAAUGCUCGACGCGGUGCUCCUCAACAUGAGGGUCCACGGUAGGAUUGCGGUGUGCGGCAUGAUCUCACAGUACAAUCUUGAAGAGCCCGAAGGUGUGCGUAACUUGUUUUGCCUCAUCAGCAAACGUGUUCGGAUGCAAGGGUUUCUGGUUCCUGAUUAUUACCAUCUUUAUCCGAAGUUUCUGGAGAUGGUUUUGCCACUAAUCAAACAAGGCAAGAUUACUUAUGUUGAAGACAUAGCUGAAGGCCUUGAGAGUGCACCGGCUGCUCUGGUGGGGCUCUUCUCCGGCCGCAAUGUUGGGAAGCAAGUUGUCGUCGUUGCUCGUGAAUAGACUAUAAUGCCCUUUUGUUACAUGCAAUUGUGCAGAGAUAGUGGAAUCCAUGUAAUGUGUACUAAACAUGUGUCUGUUGGGUUCAAAUCUUCUGUUCUGUUUUCUUUUUUA